AUGGGCCAACGGGGAAGGACUAGUGGGCCGAAAAGGGCUUCUAAGCCCAAAUCGAGGCGGUCCGAAGGGUGUACUGUGGGCUUCAAAGGUGUAAUACCUCCGGAUAGUGGAGAAGAGCAUGAGGUGUCAAAUGACGCCAUUGAAGAAGUCCUCUCUGUUUACGGGAGAAGGACACCUUCCUAUUUCCCUGGGGCUAACGGGGAGUUGAUACGGAAUGUACGCAGAUACGGUAGCGUACUUGAUAAGAGGAGACCUAAUGGUGACUACUUGAAUUGGAAGGAAUUAUGGAGCGAAUACCGAGGGAGCUCGUCUCCCGAUAUGGGGUGUGAGAAAGGCCGGAAAGAUGGGCCAACGGGGAAGGACUAG